UGCAAAAAAUGUGCGGAGACAUAUUCGACCGUUUCGAGUUUUUACACACAGUCUACGAACUACCGACAUGGCCCGUACCAAGCAAACCGCCCGCAAAUCUACCGGAGGCAAGGCUCCCAGGAAGCAGUUGGCCACCAAAGCCGCCCGCAAGAGCGCACCGGCGACCGGAGGAGUGAAGAAACCCCAUCGUUACCGUCCCGGUACCGUGGCUCUCCGUGAAAUCCGUCGUUACCAGAAGAGCACCGAGCUGUUGAUCCGCAAAUUGCCGUUCCAACGUUUGGUCCGCGAGAUCGCCCAAGACUUCAAGACCGACUUGCGUUUCCAGAGCUCGGCCGUCAUGGCUCUGCAAGAAGCCAGCGAAGCAUACUUGGUCGGUCUGUUCGAAGACACCAACUUGUGCGCUAUCCACGCCAAGCGUGUUACCAUCAUGCCCAAGGACAUCCAGUUGGCUCGCCGUAUUCGCGGAGAACGUGCUUAAUCGUCUCAAUACUCUACAAAUCCUCUUUAAAACGGCCCUUUUCAGGGCCACUAC